AUGUCUUACUAUAACGAUCGACCGCAAGACUCCUACAGCCGGGACCCGUACGACCAGCCCCAAUCAUAUGGGGGUCGCCCUCAGGUACCCUAUCCGUGGGAAGCCGAAUGGGAUGAGCGUGACGGCCGCUGGUUUUUCGUCAAUCGUGAAACCGGAGAGCGUACCUUCCAGCACCCGCAACCGUCCUAUGGCGGAUGUGGCUACGAUGAGAGUGGCUCUGGACAAGGUUAUGGUGGAGCAGAUGACAGGAGACGCUACGAGCAAGAAUCAGAGAAGAAGUCGCACACCGGUCGGAAUAUUGCACUUGGUGCAGCUGCAGGACUCCUCGGCGGCGCGCUCUUGAUGCAUGAAGGAGAGAAAGUGGAGGACAAAUGGGACGAUGCCAAGAAUGAUGUCGAGAACGACUUCCGUGACGGAGUCCAAGACGUUGAGAACUUCCCAGACAAUGCCGCACGCUGGACCGGAGAAAAGGUUCAAGAGGUGGAGGAUAUUCCCCAAGAUAUUGACCGCAAAUGGGACAACGCAGUUCAGGACGUUGAAGAUGUGCCGGAAGACGUUGCCGGUUGGGCUGGUCGAAAGGUCGGGGAUGUCGAGAGAUUCGGUGACGACGUUGACAACGCUUACGACCAAGGCCGUGAUGAUGCCCGAUACGAUGACAACUACUAA